GGUGCCUGGAGCUCUGGACCAGUGACUGCACCAACCCGGAGACUCUCCUCCACUCUCAGGACCGCCAGUAUGCCCCGGGUGGACGCCGACCUCAAACUGGACUUCAAAGAUGUCCUUUUCAGGCCAAAGAGGAGCAGUCUGAAGAGCAGGUCUGAGGUUGACCUGCAGAGGACCUUCACAUUCCGGAACUCAAAGCAGACGUACAAUGGCAUCCCGAUCAUCGCUGCUAACAUGGACACCACCGGCACUUUUGAGAUAGCGCAGGUGCUCAGCAAGCACACGCUCUUCACAGCCAUCCAGAAGCACUACUCCCUGGAGGAGUGGAAGACUUUUGCAGCCAAUCAUCCAGAGUGCCUUGAGCAUGUGGCCGCCAGCUCAGGCAGCGGAGCAGCAGAUCUGGAGAAACUCUGCAGCAUCCUGGAGGCCAUUCCUCUCAUCCAGUACAUCUGCCUGGACGUGGCCAACGGAUACUCCGAACACUUUGUGGAGUUUGUAAAAAGAGUUCGGGAAAGGUUUCCCAAGCAUACCAUCAUGGCAGGAAAUGUGGUGACAGGAGAGAUGGUGGAGGAACUCAUUCUGUCUGGAGCUGAUAUUAUUAAAGUGGGCAUUGGGCCAGGUUCAGUGUGCACCACACGCAUUAAGACCGGUGUGGGUUAUCCUCAGCUGAGCGCUGUUAUCGAGUGUGCUGACUCGGCCCAUGGACUGAAAGGACACAUCAUCUCUGAUGGAGGCUGCAGCUGCCCUGGGGAUGUUGCCAAAGCUUUUGGUGCUGGUGCAGAUUUUGUCAUGCUGGGAGGAAUGUUAGCAGGACAUGAUCAAUGCGCUGGUGAAGUCAUUGAGAAAGAUGGUAAGAAGUUCAAGCUGUUUUAUGGCAUGAGUUCAGACACCGCAAUGAAGAAGUACGUCGGAGGGGUUGCAGAGUACAGGGCAUCUGAGGGCAGGACGGUCCAGGUGCCCUACAAAGGUGAUGUGGAAAACACCAUCAGGGACAUCUUGGGUGGCUUGCGCUCCACCUGCACAUAUGUAGGAGCUGCCAAACUGAAAGAACUGAGCCGCAGGACGACCUUCAUCAGAGUCACACAGCAGUCUAGCCACAUGUUCUCCUAGACACGCAUCGCUGAAAACAUGCACACUCACAAAUACAGAGUCACCUGUAAAGUAAUACACAUACAUACUCUUAAAAAGGUUCCAAAAGAGAGUUUUCAUAGUGAUUGCAUAGAAGAACAAUUUUUGGCUCUUUUUUUUUUCUUCUUCAGAGUGUUAAGAACAUUUUAAAGGUGCUGUAUGUAAGCUUUGACUCUUCUAAAGUAUAAAAAUGGGGUGGGGGUUGGUGGCAAGGUGUCAGGGGUUAGAUGUCUGAAUAACACAGCUGAGAACAGGGUUAUUAACUGUACUAUGCACCGGGUUUCAGGAGGGCGGAUACUAAACUAAAGUCAGCAACCCGGGUUUGUUAUCGACUGUACUAAAAAGCUGAGGAUUGUGUGUGUGUAUGUUUGUGAAAUUACAGGAUUUUUCUGGGAGAAAUUACAAAACAGGAGGGUCGUGGGAAAUGGGUCUGAAAUACAGGAGACUCCUGAGAAAAAUGGGAGUGUUGGCAAUUUGGCAACGCAACAGAAAUUUAACUACAACCAUUCAGAAGCACAGAAUAGUGCACUCACUGCAAUCCAACAAACUUGUAAGGUUUAUAAUCUAAUGAAUAAAUAUUAAACCUCUUUAAAUGGUUAAAUGUACAUGCUGAAUUACUGAUAUGUGUUGGCUUGCACUGAGUCACAGUUCUAAAACUCUAUUUCAAACAGUUUAAUAUAUUUUAAGGUGACGCAGUAGGUAGUGCUGUCGCAUCACAGCAAGAAGGUUGCUAGUUUGAGCCUCGGCUGGCUCAGUUGGCGUUUCUGUGUAGAGUUUGCAUGUUCUUCCCGCGCUUGUGUGGGUUUCCUCCGGGUGCUCCGGUUUCCUCCACAAGUCCAAGGACAUGCGGUACAGGUGAAUUGGGUAGGCUAAAUUGUCCAUCGUGUAUGAGUGUGUAUGGAUGUUUCCCAGAGAUGGGUUGCAGCUAGAAGGGCAUCCGCUGCGUAAAACAUACGUUGGAUAAGUUGGUGGUUCAUUCCACUGUAGCAACCCCAGAUUAAUAAAGGGACUAAGCCAGAAAAUGAAUGAAUAAAUUAAUAUAUUUUCAAGAUCUGAGGUGAACUAUCUGCUGCUGCUUUCAGUUGUCAGGCAAUAAAUGUCAUGUAAAAUGGCAUUUAACCUCACAUUAUUAGCAUUUAACACUGAAUAAAGCACAUGAGGAGUACCUGGGGUGAUCAUUGUCAGUUUUCUUUUGUUCAGCUGCAAGAAAUAGAAGCCAUUUAAUUUCUUCAGGUGUUGCUUAGGACAAAAACACUGUUAACAUCAACCUUUAGACUCGACAGUCAAGCACACUCCUGUUGGUGUCAUCAAUCUGGCAACCUGUGCUUGUGUGCGUUUUGAGCCUGGUGUGCAAUACUUAGUUCAACCACUGGGUGUCAAACUUACAUACUGCAUCUUUAAUGAACGUUUUACGAACUGAAUUUGUAUUUUUUUUUUAUCAAAUUUUAAACGUUCAAACUGGACUUUGUAAAUGUGAAUUGUGUUGUGGAUGGAUGCAUUUUAUUUUGUAAAUUUAUUAUUUCCGAGACUGAUCUGACUCCUCUUUUGGAACCUUUAUUUUUAAGAGCAGUGACACACCAAGCUGACGGUUACCCAAUGGGCAACAUCAGUGAGUGUUGAUGGAAAUUGGUGUCAGGGUCAUCAAUGAGAAACCAAUACAGCAAUCCGGGUAGACUGUCCCUUUAAAUGAGCCCAGGCAUGUAUAAGAAAAAAAUAUACAUAAUCAAAUAUCC